GUUAGUUAUUUACAAUUUAUUAAAACUUUUCUCUUAUGUAAUCAAAUUACUUCUGAAAAUAAAUAUCUGAAAGACAAUAUAACAAAUUAUAAUCACGAUAAAUCAAAUAAAGAUAAUCUUGAUACUCAAGAUUAUUCUGAAAAUAAGGUACACCCAAAAGAUGAUACGGCCAAUAAUUUAAACGAACCUAAUUCGAAUAAUGAAUUUGCAGCCUUAAAUGAGA